AUGCUCUCCGCACUGGCAGGGACCAAUGUCCGCCAGACAAUCGCCCAGGUCAUGAACUUUGGCCUUGUCCUCGGAACCGCUUUCAUGAUCUGGAAAUCGUUGUCUGUCCUUUCGGCGAGCAGCUCCCCCAUUGUGGUCGUACUGAGUGGCUCGAUGGAGCCUGCUUUCCAGCGAGGCGAUCUUCUGUUUUUGUGGAAUCGGUCGCCGCGGGCUGAGAUUGGAGAAGUUGUUGUUUACAAUGUGAGAGGAAAGGAUAUCCCGAUUGUCCACCGCGUCACACGAACAUUCCCGGAAAUCGAAGGAAAGGACAAGACGGUCAAGGAGAUCACCGUGGAUACCACACCGAACUCCCACAUGCUUCUGACCAAGGGAGAUAACAACUUGGCCGAUGAUACCGAACUUUAUGCACGUGGCCAGGAUCACCUCUCGCGCUCCGAGGAUAUUGUGGGCAGUGUACGAGGCUAUAUUCCCAUGGUGGGAUAUGUGACGAUUAUGCUGUCUGAGCACCCUUGGCUGAAAACGGUCCUUCUUGGAAUCAUGGGCAUUACUGUCAUGCUUCAGCGGGAAUGA